UUGACAAGGAUUUCGAAGAAUAUUUGGUAACGUCCGCAGUUACACUGCAUAAUGCUGGACUUUUUCUUCGAUGGUUUUAUGAUCAAAGAAGGAAUCGUUUAAAUAUUACAACACUUGAAGAUAUGGCAAAGGUACAUUCAUAUUAUAUUUCAAAUGCUAAUACCGAACUUACGCAAACAACACUAGGUCUAGAAUUGGAUGAAUUGCGAAAAAAAGUAUUAGAUGCAACAGUAUCUAUGGAUUAA